CUUGUUUCUAAAUCCUUAAUAGCAGAAUUACAAAACUUCCCACCAUGAACUUUGGCAGAGGAGGCGACGCGCCGCCGGCGAACGGCGGAGAUUUCCUCCUCCAGCUCCUCCGCAGACCGCAGAACCCCAGCCCUAAUACCCAGACGUCACGGCAGCAUCCCUCUCAAACGCCAUCUCAGGACCCCGCCGUCGCGGCGGUCGGCCCCACAAUCCCUGCUUUCUACCUGCCGCAUGCGGCGGCGUUACCCAUAGACGGCCGCGGCGUCCCUUACGUCGCGUGGAAUAACUCUAAUUCUCCGCCAUUUGCUCCGCACAAUUACUGCCGGCAAAACCCUAAUGCGAACCCUAUUUUAAACCCUGAUUUAUCCUCGUCACUGGGGGGUUUCAGUAACAGUCAGCACCAAUUCAAGCUCCAGUCUGGUCGCGCUCCCGCCAUUGAUGAUACAAGGAAAUUAGGGCCUUACGCGGGAAAUCACAUCUCGCCUCAUCAGCUGCAGGGUCAUAAUCUCAUAUUCGGGUCUCUGAAUCCUGAUUUGCCGCAGGAUAAUGUUGGGGAUGUUUUGCGUCAGAGCUUAUAUGGGAACAACAAGCCUGCAAAAUCCCAUUUGGAGGAGAGAUUGGGAAUGGAUAGAAGACCUAACAGUCACCCGGUAAAUCCUGUCGAGGUCAAUGGUGGUGCGCGAGGAAAUUCUACUGCAUUCAGAGGUUGUGAACACGAAAAAAGCAGUAACAGUAACAACAGGUUAAACAGGGGACAUAAUGGGAAACAUAAGGUGGUGGGGCCGGUGGCAGAGCCACCGGGGUUUUCAAGGAAUGCAAAGAAUGUGAAGAGCAGAGAGUACGGGUUUGGCUGGAGGACUUCUGAUCGUAACGCGCGUAAAGCUAAGGUUAGUUCAGGUGAUAUGUAUAAGAAAGAUAGACUUAGUAAUCAGCUUGAAUCCCCUGGUCCACCUGCUGGAAGCAACUUUCAGUCUGUUCGGGCCGUUGAUAUUGAGAAGUCGAUCAUGAAUCUCCAUUGUUAUGAACCUGAAGAAUUGAGAUAUGAUGGCGGGGAUAAGAUGGGCCGAGAUCGUAGGGUGAGUGAGAUGGAUUGUUUGGAUCAGCUUGUGGAUUCUUUGGCUCUUGAAGACAAUUCUAGUGAGAAGAGACUUGAAGAUGAAUCUGAUAAAAAGAAGCAUUGUCGAGACAAGCUGGUUGUUAUGUGCUGCUAUGUGGGAAUGACUCAUUUGCCUUUGCUCUCAGUGUUAUGGACACCAGAACUAAGACUUGUCUUAACAGUUAAACUUUGGUUGUCUUUUUCCCCCCAAAGCUUUGAGGAUCUGACCUUUGCUCUUUGCAAUCAGGAUUACAGAUCCGACAAGAGGGGGCAGUGGAUAAUGGGUCAGAGAAUGAGAAUUGUUAGAAGCCGAACAACAUGUCGAAAUGAUAUAAACAGGCUGCAUGCCCCAUUUUUAACCGUGUUUGAGUCUUUAAUCCCUGCUGAAGAAGAAAAACUCAAGCAGAAACAGUUACUGACGGUAUUGGAAAAGCUUGUUGGGAAAGAGUGGCCUGAGGCUCGAUUAUAUCUUUAUGGAUCCUGUGCCAACUCAUUUGGUUUUCCGAAAAGUGAUAUUGAUGUUUGCCUUCAAAUGGAUCUUGGGAAUAAUGACAAGUCUGAGGUUUUGCUAAAGCUGGCAGAGAUAUUACAGUCGGACAAUCUGCAGAAUGUGCAGGCACUUAUACGCGCUAGAGUUCCUGUGGUUAAGCUCAUGGAUCCAGCUACCGGUAUUUCAUGUGAUAUUUGUCUAAACAAUAUGCUGGCUGUUGUGAAUACAAAGCUGCUCCAUGAUUAUGCAUGCAUAGAUGUAAGACUCAGGCAGUUGGCAUUCAUUGUCAAACACUGGGCUAAAUCACGAGGAGUUAACCAAACUUACCAAGGAACACUCUCUAGUUAUGCGUAUGUGUUAAUGUGCAUCCAUUUCUUGCAACAGCGUAGGCCUGCCAUACUUCCUUGCUUACAGGGGAUGGAGACUACUUAUUUUACGACUGUUGAAAAUGUUGAAUGUGCUUAUUUUGAUCAAGUGGAGAAGCUACAAAACUACGGGUCCCAGAAUGGGGAAAGUAUUGCUCAGUUGGUCUGGGCCUUUUUCCACUACUGGGCUUAUUGUCAUGAUUAUGCUAAUGACGUUAUAUCAGUUCGUACUGGAAUCACACUGAGCAAGAGAACUAAAGACUGGACGAGAAGGAUUGGGAAUGAUCGACACUUGAUAUGCAUAGAGGACCCAUUUGAGUUAUCUCAUGAUCUUGGUCGUGUGGUGGAUAAGCACAGCAUAAGGGUCAUUCGUGAAGAGUUCGAACGUGCUGCCGAAAUAAUGCAGUACGAUUCUAACCCUUGUGUGACUUUGUUCAAACCCUAUGCGCCCAGCUAAUAUUAAUUACAGUUUGUGUGAAAUGAAAUCUACUGGUGAGUCUCUCUAUGU